AACAACUCUCUCUCUCUCUCAACUGAUAAAUCUUCAGCAUUGCAUUAUCAUAAUCGUUCAUUCGAUUUAUUUUGCAAUUUCGAUCACUUUCCAACUUUUCGCGCACUCUUUUCUGCUUUACUUUGAUUCACUUCUUAAUUCAUCCGCUAGGCGAACGAAAUCUUUCUACUACGGAAUGGCGUUUGAUUUUUCAUCGUUUCGUGUUGAAUCGUGGAUAGACUCAUUUGGAUUUGAAAUAGAGAUUUGAAAUUUUCGAAACUGGAAACGAAGAACAUUUGAGUUGGAAAUGAAGAAAGAAAACGGCAACCGUGGAUCGGGGGUUUCAGGUUCUCGUCGGACGCGGUCUCAGAUAGCACCGGAAUGGACCGCGGCGGAAUGCCUUGUUCUUGUUAAUGUGAUUGGGGCUGUGGAGGCUGAUUGUUUGAAAGCUUUGUCUAGCUAUCAGAAAUGGAAGAUUGUUGCAGAGGACUGCACAGCUUUGAAUGUGGCUCGGACUUCGAAUCAAUGCAGGAAGAAGUGGGAGUGUUUGCUGAUUGAACAUGAUGUUAUCAAGCAAUGGGAGUUAACGAUGCCGGAGGAUGAUUCGUAUUGGUGUUUGGAGAGUGGAAGGAGAAAAGAAUUGGGACUUCCUGACAACUUUGACGAGGAGCUGUUCAAAGCAAUUGAUAAUGUCUCAUCAAUGAGGGCGAACCAGUCGGAUACAGAGCCUGAUAACGAUCCAGAGGCUGCUGUUGAGAACGCCGAUGAAAUUUCAGAGCCUGGCCCUAAAAGGCAAAGACGUGGUUCAAUGUCUAAGAGAAAUCAAGGCCUUGAGAAAUCUUUAGAAUUUAAAGAAGACGAAGAGGAUGAAGCAGAAGAACAACCUCUAUUAAGCUCUCCAGAAUCAGACCUUCGCGAUUGCUACAUCAAAAACAACGGAGCAACGGCGACUGACGACAUAGAACCCGAAGAGCAAAUGAUGGUGAAGAAAUUGCUUGAAAAUGCAGAAAAUGUUCAAGAAAUUGUGUCUGAGAAUGCAGAAUGUGCAACUUCUGAUGAAAAGAAUGACAAGGACCAGACUAAUUUGAUAAGACGUCAGGGGAGCAAGCUUAUCAGAUGCCUAGGAGAUUUUCUCAACACCAUUAACGAUCUCCGUGACCUGCUCGAAGAUUGUGAGUGAUUCUCUCUUCACGAAAAUUUCGGUUUUCGUUGACCCACCAAGUAAGCGUUGAUCUCAAAUGGUAUCCUCGACUCCUUAACGUAAAUGUUUGUUUAAAUCAUUUUGUUAGCACGUCUUAGGAAAUUGCCAAUUUGUUGACGUUUUAGACUUUUGAAUCUUCUCGUCUUUCUUCCUACAGACAAAAUGUCAGAUUGGCCAUUCGAGCAACGUUUAAACGCUGUCGACAUUUUCCAGGUUACAGAUAGAAACCCAAUCUAAUGUUUAUUUAUGAAAA